AGUCGGUGCAACGAGUUGUUUCUUUCUAGAUGUCAGAAUCAAGUGUAUUAUCGAAGGUUCUGUUUUGUGCACUGAUAAAAUGAAAUGUCGCAGCAGUAACCAUUAACUGGCAUAUGAGUCUUUUGUUUAGGAGAAGGAAAGUUGUUUUUGCUAUUGUUGUUGUUGUUUGUUUUUUUGUUUUUGUUUUAAGUACAAUCUACCCUUCAAUGUGGAACUUGACCCCAGACCCCAAGAUCAAGAGUCACAUGCCAGCCAGGCACACCGAGAGGGAAAGGUUUUUAUCUUGAAAACUGGUUGUCUUUGGAAUAUAUUUAAAAUGGGUAGGAAGAAUGUAGUUUUAGGAAGCCUGGAAUAAGACAAGAGAAUUUUACAGGGAAGUGCUAGGUACUCUACAUCUGUGGUAAUGAAACAAUUUAAGAAGAGACAAAAAUUACAGAAGGCUUGAGUUUUGAGUGAAAGGAUUCGUGUGGUACAGAUAAAUGGCUUCAAAUGGGAUGAUGUGGGAUGAAAAAGUUACUUGUGUCGAACAUUGAGGUGCUGAAUUACAACACACACAAUACUGUCAAAAUAAUUGAACUCAGCUAUGCAUUCAUUACUCUUCCAGCUACCUUUUUCUGUUUUAGUACACACCAUCUUCUUACUUUGCAAAUGUAGAAACUGAAGUCUGAAGAGUGAAGUAAUUGCCCAUCUAAUGUCCUUCUCAUUUGAGUAUAGUAAUAGUGUAACCACUAUUACUAAUAGGUGGGUUUUUUUUUUCCCCAUUCAGGAUUUAUACUUCUAAGCUUAAGGUGAGAUAUUUCUAAUCGCUGUGUUUUACCCAGCUUCAGAUAUUUUAGCCUUUUUUCUUAUAUAGUAUAGCAUAGAGACUAGGGUCAGGUCUGGGUUUGAAUGCUCGCUUCCUCUGUUAAGAGAUACUACUUUAUAAAAUCUGUUUUCUUAUUUAUAAGAUGUGAGAACUAAAUACAGUAACGCAAGGCAAGUACCUAGCACAGUGCCUGGUGCCUUGAGAGUAUUCGGUGUUGGUUAUGGUCAAAGAAUUCAUUCGUGCACAAAAUCUUUAUGGAUCAUUCUAAAUGCUCUACUAGGUGCCAGAGAUGUAGCCAUGGACUGAAGACAGAUGAGGCCGUUCUUUUGUGGAGCUUACAGCCGAACAACACACAUGUAAACCGUUAAACCAGAUAAUUUGAUUGGGAGCAAUGCUAUGAAAGGAAGAAGCAGCGACAGAGGGGAGACAGAAAGAAGAAAUGAUGUAAAUAAUUCACUGUCCAAACUUUGAGGUCAGAGGUGAGAAGGAAGGUCAGGAAGACUAUGGCCUGGCCAAAUAUUUUUCAAAGAGGAACUCUGUUCUCCCGAUUCAGCCAUCAUCACGUUGUUGUGUUCUUGCUCACCUUCUUCAGUUAUUCGUUGCUCCACGCAUCAAGAAAAACUUUUAGCAAUGUCAAAGUCAGUAUCUCUAAGCAGUGGACCCCAAGUGCUUUUAACAAGUCCAUUAGAUUGCCUGUAGAGAUCUGGACCAGCAACCAUUUGUUCCCCAGCGCAGAGGAGGCCACUCUUUUCCUUGGAACGCUGGACACCAUUUUCCUCUUCUCUUAUGCUGUGGGCCUUUUCAUCAGUGGAAUUGUUGGAGAUCGGCUUAAUUUGCGAUGGGUUCUGUCGUUUGGCAUGUGUUCUUCUGCACUAGUGGUGUUCGUCUUUGGUCCUGUCACAGAAUGGCUACAUUUCUACAACAAGGGCCUCUACUGCUGUCUGUGGAUUGGGAAUGGCCUGCUGCAGUCUACCGGUUGGCCCUGUGUGGUUGCGGUUAUGGGCAACUGGUUUGGGAAAGCGGGACGAGGAGUUGUUUUUGGUCUCUGGAGUGCCUGUGCAUCAGUGGGCAAUAUUUUGGGAGCAUGCCUAGCUUCUUCUGUUCUACAGUAUGGUUAUGAGUAUGCCUUUCUGGUGACCGCGGCGGUGCAGUUUGCUGGUGGGAUCAUCAUCUUCUUUGGACUCCUGGUGUCACCAGAAGAAAUUGGUAUCCCAGGUAUUGAGGCAGAAGAAAAUUUUGAAGAAGACUCACACAGGCCAUUAAUUAAUGGUGCCGAAAACGAAGAUGAAUACGAACCUAAUUAUUCCAUUCAAGAAGGCAGCACUAUUACCCAAGUCAAGGCAAUCAGCUUUUAUCAGGCCUGUUGUCUUCCUGGAGUUAUACCGUAUUCACUGGCCUAUGCCUGCUUGAAGUUGGUAAAUUACUCCUUCUUCUUCUGGUUGCCCUUUUAUCUGAGUAACAACUUUGGAUGGAAGGAGGCUGAAGCUGACAAGCUGUCCAUUUGGUACGAUGUUGGAGGAAUUAUAGGUGGAACUUUGCAAGGUUUCGUCUCUGACGUAUUACAGAAGAGAGCCCCGGUUUUAGCUCUGAGUCUGCUUCUGGCAGUUGGGUCCCUCGUUGGAUACAGCCGUUCUCCAAAUGAUAAGUCCAUUAACGCACUUCUGAUGGCGGUUACAGGAUUUUUUAUUGGUGGACCUUCUAAUAUGAUUAGCUCUGCUAUUUCUGCGGACCUGGGUCACCAAGAGCUGAUCCAAGGGAGCAGUGAGGCUUUGGCGACCGUCACAGGAAUUGUUGAUGGAACCGGAAGCAUUGGAGCAGCGGUAGGCCAGUAUUUAGUGUCUUUGAUCCAGGACAACCUGGGAUGGAUGUGGGUGUUCUACUUUUUCAUUCUCAUGUGCAUCCUGAUUGGAGACAACCUCAAUCGCCCCAGGUCCAGGCACGGCCCUCCAGCCUCGUCCGAGGAGCCUGGAGUUCUCUGGAGCUGCCUCAAGGCUGCGUACUCUGCUGUCACAAAGGACGCUUCUCCUGCCUAACUGCCUUCUAGCUUCUGAAGACUGGACUGUGUGUCCCUGUGUUCCACUUCUGACAUCUGUGCUAAAUAGAGGGAGAUAUCUCCUUAUGAACCUGCCGUGUGAUCACACAAGAUUUUGUACUAGAAAGAAAACUGGAUCCAUUCUAAGAAACACGUUUUAAAGUGAGCUCCAGGGGCGCCUGGCUGGCUCUGUCAGUAGAUCAUGCGACUCUUGAUCUUGGGGUCAUGAGUUCAAGCCCCACAUUGGGUUCAGAGAUUACUUACUUACUUAAAAAAAAUUAAAAAAAUAAAAAGAAAGUGAGCUCUAGUAUCAAUUUUCUGCUCUGCCUAUGGCAAAUCAUUUAAUCUGUGUACAUUAGUUCUUUUUCUGGAGACUGUGUAACAUUAAAUUUAAAAAAAUAUAUUAACUGAUUUUUGGAAUCAUUUUUUUAAUUCAUUAAAGAUCAAGUUAUCUUUGCACGCAGUCAUAAUGAAUGUAAUUAUCCAAAUUCAUUAUUACGUUCAAAACAUGGUGCUCUAACAGAAUUCGUUAGAUUGUCACUGCAUAUUUAAUGCUUUUUUCUCU